AAGAUUCUUGUCUUGUGACUUACCAGACUGCCUGCAGGAAAGCAUUUGUCUAAGUUUACAGGAGAGUUUCGAGGGUCUCGGUUAUCUGAGAUUUUAUUUAAUUAUUUAUUUAUUGUUUUAGGAAAAGGAAUAAACAAAAAACGGAGCAACGCUGAGAAAGAAGUACUCUAGUUGUUACUGGAUUCCUGCUGGGCUGCCACCUUGUUCUUCCUAAGAUUUAGAGUGAACAGAGCGAGAGAUUGAGUCGCUAGCAGACUUGCUAAACUAGCUAGCUAGCUAGUUAGCUAGUCAGCUACCAUCAACAUCUAUAUGAACUUGGAGUGAAUGUGGUGAGCUUGCGAAGGGGUAUUUGUUUUCCUUAGUUGCGUUCUUGCCUUUUUAAUGGGUAACAUAGUCAGCCGCUUCUCGCUUUCUAGCGCUCUAGGUGGCCUUGAGGAACCCCAGGCAAACUAAUAAAAGUUGUGUUGUCUGCACUGUGAAAAGUCCAGGGUAGACAGAACAAAAAUAUAACAUAAAUUAGCAAACUAACCUAGCCAAAGAAGGAACGCGUCGGACAUGGAUAGCAAGCCUUUGUUGCAAGACAAACCCCCUGCCUACAAUGUUGUGCCUGGGCCAUACGAAUACGGGCAACAACACAAUUAUGGAGCUAUACCGCCGCCUGCUCCCCCGCCACCACACUUCCAACAACCGCCCCCACCAUAUCAGUAUCCUGAUGGACAAGGAUACCCACAGACCUCUGUCCAGCCGCCCCCUGUUUCUCAGCAGCCAAACUACGGAGGCACAUACACCAUAAUUCAGCCCUCAGUGGUUGUGGUAGGAGGCUGCCCAGCUUGCAGGGUUGGGGUGCUGGAAGAUGACUUCACCUGCCUGGGGAUUCUCUGUGCCAUUGUCUUCUUCCCCAUUGGAAUCCUCUUCUGCCUUGCACUACGCCAGAGGAGAUGUCCCAACUGUGGGGCCACCUUCGGUUAGAGGGACCACGCUGUAACUCACUGGAUCCUAAUGCUUGUCACUCAAAUAUUCAGAUGGUAUUUUUUUUUGCAUUUGUACACUGGUGAUGCCAUGCACAUGCCACCUAGUGACAUGAAGGUACUUUGUAAAGCAGCUGAAAAGAAAUGACAUUCACAUUUUCAUUCACAUGCAUGAACUGCCUUUCGCUUUCAUUGAUUAGUAAUCGAUUAGUGAUUGGUGCCUUUGGGGGGAAAAUGGAAAAAGAACAAAUCAAUUAAGAAGUAUAAUACAUUGUAUGAAUGUAUUAUACAAUUGUGAUGCUUGUGGAAUUGCUGCUUUGAUUCAUAUGCUAGAAGCAGGUAGUCUGGUGUAAUAUGAAUCAGUUACAAGGGCAUCGUUUUCAUUCAUAUAUUUUCCACAGCACUGCAUUACCCCAGCUUCUGUAGCCCCAGAGCUGGGUCUUGAUAGCUUAAUUAAAAAAUACAUGGUUCUUUCAUCCUGUGCUUCGGAUUGAAUGAUUCCCUGACGGUUUGCUUCUGUAAGAGCAAUGUUAUUGAUUUAUUUUAUUUUCUUCCAGUCUUCUUUCACAAUAAAUAUAUGCAUAGUUUUCAUCGUUCAAAAGACCAAACCCUGUCCACAAUUUCCCACUAUUAGUUCUGUGAGCAUAGUACAGAAGAGACAUAAUUACAAGGCAGGCACAGCUGAAUGAAUGCAUUCAAUUAUACAUUUAGCUCUUAAAGCAAAAUGUUUUUUAAUGAAUGAGAUGCUUUAUAUUCCGAACAUGUUAUGCAUUACUUUUUUGUAAAUCAAGCCAGCAUUGAAUAGCUGUUCUCCAGGAUGGGGGCCAUGUGUUAACUGUACUGAUCUUUGGUGAAGGUUACAAUUAUUAACGAUUUUAGGCAUCUGCAGAUCUUCAGCAUCACAAAACAUAAUGGUGACACAAAAAUGUUUCUGCAGAUGUUACAAAUUCAGGAAACGUACAUAUUCUCUCGAUCAAGGGAAGUCUUCUGUGAUUAUGCAUUUUGAACUGGCAUUCUUUAACCUCUGGAACAUGCGACCCUCCUUUCCCCAGACACCUGAAUUGCUUCCCUUUUAAUGAAAGACAAUCAAGUGUGUUUCUGUGUAUGCUGCAUCCUUGUAUUGAAUGGCAAAUUAGAAAUGUUAAAGAUGUAAUUAUUUCAAGUAGUUUCAAUGGUAUAAUGCUCUUUAACCACACCACAAUUGCUGUUAGAAUUUAAGGCCACACUUUUAUAUACUGCAAGAGAAUUGUAAAUAAAAAUGAUAUGAACAGAG